GUAGUGGGAGGGUUUGUUCAGUGGGGAACUCAACACAGAUCAAUGAACGGAGCUAAACAAACGGGUUGGGCAACCGAAUUUAAGAACGGUCGUGGGAUAGUCAGAUAUACAACUUUACAGCCUUCCAGUUCCUUGGAUAUUGACACUCACGAGCGCGAAUAAUAACUGACAGUUAAUCAUAUUUGCAGCUGUACAUCGAGCUCGAUGAUGAUUUUUGCGAAUUCUGGCAACCUGUUGAGAAACUCAUAUCGUAAACAGCCGCCCGUUGGCCCAUCAUCUCAGCCCAUGGCUCCUCCGAGCCCCGGAACCAACAGCAGCACCAAUCAGAGCAGCAGCAGCAGUACGGCAGGUUGGGAACAACUCAGCAAAACCAACCUGUACAUCCGUGGCUUGCCCCCAGCAACCACUGACCAUGACCUGGUCAAGCUCUGCCAGCCUUACGGGAAAAUAGUAUCAACGAAGGCCAUCCUGGAUAAGACUACAAAUAAAUGCAAAGGUUAUGGCUUUGUGGACUUUGAUAGCCCUGCUGCGGCACAGAAAGCCGUCAACGCUCUGAAAAACAAUGGUGUGCAAGCACAGAUGGCAAAGCAACAGGAACAGGACCCCACUAACCUGUACAUUUCCAAUUUGCCUCUGACGGUGGAUGAGCAGGAGCUUGAGACCUUGCUGAAGCCCUUUGGCCAGGUCGUCUCCACACGCAUACUGCGCGAUGCUAAUGGUGCAAGCAGAGGGGUUGGGUUUGCGAGGAUGGAGUCCACAGAAAAAUGUGAUGCUGUAAUUUCUCACUUCAACGGAAAGUUUCUCAAGAUGCCAGCCGGAGUAAUGGCCCCUACUGAGCCACUGCUGUGCAAGUUUGCAGAUGGAGGGCAGAAAAAACGACAGAGCCAAAAUAAAUAUGUGCCUAAUGGACGAACAUGGGCCAGGGAAGGAGAAGCCAGACUUGCUGGAAUGACGCUCACAUACGACCCCACUGCUGCAGCUAUGCAGAACGGGUUCUAUCACCCUUACAGCAUUACCAACCGAAUGAUCGCCCAACCUGCCAUGUCACCCUAUAUGUCCACAUACCCGGUUCAGACUCCGUCCUGGGUCACCCACCAGGGCUACAUUAUGCAGCAUCCGGGAGCUGUACUAUCGCCCUCUAUGGAUCCCUCCAUGUCACUGCAGCCAACAUCCAUGAUGAGUCCCCUCUCUCAGCAGAUGAGCCACCUCACUCUGGGCAGUACAGGAGCGUUCAUGCCGGCUAAUGCAGCAUUACAGGGCGCAUACAUCCCUCAGUACACUCCUAUGCAGCCUGCUGCAGUGGAGAUUCCCAUUUCCAGGAGAAUAGCUCACAGCCUCAGGUGGAGUCUAGCGGGGAUCAUUCCCCCUAUGCCUACCAACAAACCAAGUGAUGAAGAGGUGUGCUCCUCUGGUACAGGGUCCUCAGCACUCAGGAGACUGAGAGGAGCGACAGCUUCAACAAUCAUGCUUCCUCUGUUGGAUUAAGCUCGACCGUUCGAUCGACGUUUGAAACGAUGAGUUUUCUCUGUUUUUAAAAACAACUACCCAGACUAUUUUUGGUAUAAGUUCUGUGAGGUGCAAAUAAAAUCUUGAGGAUGCUAGCUAUCUAAGAAGAACAUGAAAAUGAAAAAAAAAAAGUUUUAUUUUAAUAAAAAAAAAAAAGUUUAUUUUUACCAAGGAAUUGUCACAUGGGUGCAAGACCUCAAAGGAUCAUGUGACUAGAUGUACAUGGUAGCAGGUGUCCAUUGUUGAUUUUUUUUUAUGAUUUCAGAUGUGUGUCUGAUUUUAUUUUUCUCAGAAUUGUUUUUUUUUUUCUUCUUCUUUGUACUGAGAUAGUUCUGUUGAUUGAAGAGAUUUAUUAGCCGGACAUCCUGAGAAAAGGUGUUUUUGUGCUUGCAGUGUGUGUUGCAAUGGUGAAGUGUUACAUGUGUCCUCUUGUACAGUGUGUUUUUUCUCCAGUUGAUCUAGAAUGAUCUUUCUCUUUCUCUUCAUACAAUUUGCCUUAAGUUUGUUCCAUACAGCUGUACAUGUAGCCUCUAACCGAGGCUCAACCGGAGAAAGAGACGUUCAAAUCAGCUAUGGCCUUGUAAAUCAGCUGAAUAGGGCUUUUCUUAGGAUCUAGCUAAUGAAAUUUGGUUUGCUUAGUUUAAGUGUUUUGCUUUUUUUCUGAUCUCCAUAGUGCUUUUUAGAAUAGAAACCGUGUUGAGUGCUGAAAAAAUGUUGAUUUGAGUUUAAAUACAAUGUACUGUUUUUGUAAUCAGAGGGACAACGCCUCUGGUUGGUUGAAUGUGGUAGAAAUUCUGCUGAAUGAUCAUUUUAAAAAUGCCUUUUAGAAAAAGAAAAACUUGCUGUUGUAGUUUAGCUGUGGGGAAAAUGGUGUGACCAAGUCUUUUAUUUUAAAUUUUUCUUUUGGGGGAGGGAGGAAGGGAUUAUUUUUCGCAGAUUUAAUGUGUUUUUAUGACCAUGUACAGAUGAACUAAGCCUUCCAUGGCAACUUUAAGCAAGGAUUAAGUGGAGGUUUUGAGAUGAGAUUGAUUUUCUGUAGAUUUUAGUUUGCCUAGCUCUUUUUUUAGGAAGCAAACAGAACUCGGCACUUUCAAGUUUACUUCACCAAAGACAGUGAGCUAGCAAGCAGAGAUCAAAUAAUGAGUACAAUGUCAUUUCCUCCCUAAGCAAGAUAGGCUUUUUAAUGGACUGGACUGCAAUUUAAGAAUGUGCCUUCUUUGUAUAUAUGCAUCCGGUUGUUUUUAGUUGUUGUCUAGGUUUGGACACAAGCAAGAAGGAAGAUUUGGAUCCGACAAGUGCCACAUACAUCACUACAGAGCACACGAAACUGAAAUCUGAAACUAGAACGUGGAAAAGGAGAAGUUUGAAACUAUGAACUGAUCAGCACAGUGGUUAUCUGCUAUGCUUUCGUUCAGCAGGAGAAUGCUUUUUAUUUGUUUUCCUCCCAAAUUACAGUAGGAUUUUAUUUUGGCUUAAGUAGGUUGUCUUCCAAAAGACUGUUUUUUUUUUUUUUUUUAACUGGUGGUCCUAUCGACCAAUUAUCUACCUCAGAUUUGCGUUCUCCUCUGUUUCGAUUGGCCGGGCUAGCAGGUUCAGCCCGGCCCCUCCAGACCAAAUGGCUAGCUCUGGAGCUGCCCUCAUCUACAUUUGUUUUCUUUUAGGUUUUUUUUUAAUGCUUUGGGGUUUUUUUUCCUUUUCAUUCAACAAAAAAUGUUUUCGGUUUUUUUUUUAAUGCAAAUGUUAUUGUUAUGAGGAUAGAUGUGCGUUGAACGUGAGUUAAUCUUGUCUAGACAUUCAGUUUCAUAGUUUCAAAGGCAAAAACGCUGCUGCUUAAUCAAAGGAUGUUUUGGUAGUCGGCCAUGACCGAGAGAUGAACGAAAGUAGGAGAAAAAUAAAAGAGGAACAAAUCGAAACUGAAGGUUUGGUAUUCCUCAGAUCUGUCCCUGAAACUUUGCUGCUGUUCAGUCCCAAUCCAGGCUUUUAGCAGCA